GAAUGUAUGAACCUGACUGUUGUGAAGAACCUUGAGACGACAUGUCGUGAAUUGGCGCUAUAUAAAUAAACUGAACUGAAUUGAUAGGUGGAGGUCCAUCAACCCGGAGGAUUGGAGUUUACAGUAACUGUUUGAUGGACUACUGAUGAUGUUAGAAGCGGGUUCUGAAAAGGCUGAACUUGGAAGACACUGUUUGUCAGUCAGUUGGUUUAUUUUGUAGCAAAGUCCAGCUGUGGGUUUCCUGUAGAGAACAGGACCUCCAUCUGCUCCUUCAUCUGCAGCUCUAGGUCAUCACUGACUGGGCACUGAAAUCUGCUGCCAUUCUACACACAUUCAUCUUGAGAUGUUCCAGCAUCAUCUCCAGAAUUCAUCUCUGAAUCUCUUUCAUCCACAGUCCAUGACUGUUCCUCUUCAGCCCACGAGAACCUCGUGGUGUCCUGUUAAGCUCUGAAUGAAGGUUCUUCAGAUGAUGAUCUUCUUUAAAUUUGCUCCUGCUUGUCUUCCAUUUCAGUCGUUCAUUUUCAGGUAGGUUCCUUUUCUGGUACUGCCAGGUCUCAUUAUGGUCUACCUGGAUGUUUCUAUUUUCCAACCAGAAGAUGUACGUAGUUUGGACCCAGCUGACUGUUUUCCUUGUUUGAAGCAGUUCAGGAUACUUUCCACAGCUCUAGCUUCCCGUUCAACUGCAGGAGAUCUUUACAAUCUAACAGAUCUCUCUACUACCUGCUGACUCAUCUGCAGAAUCAGACUUAUGCAGGUAUUUGUUUUAAAGAUGGCCAUUGAUUGUACCAUCAUCAGUAGCUUCUGGCUGUGCCACGUGUUCUCCAGCAGGUGGCGCUGUUCCAUCGAGAAGCUGCAGAGUUUCUGCCUCCUUUCAGUCUAAAGUCACAACAACCAAUUAUUUCAACAAACUCGCCAUUUGUGCAACAGACACAGCACACACACACAUACACACACACACCACACACACACACACACACACACAAGGCAGAGGGAGGAGAUAAUGACAGAGUGGAGGAGUUGGAGCUCCGCCGCUCUCAGUCAGUCUGGAUCAGUACGUCUGCUAGGACGUCGUUCUGUCCUCCUGUCUGUCUUCAUCCUUCCCAGCAUGGACCAGCCUCGUCAUGGAUUUCUGAUUAUUGUGUUCCUGCUGCAGAUCAGCCGUUUCCUCUCCGUUUACAUCAGCGGCGACUCAGGUUCUCUUCAUCAGGUUCUGUCAGAGUUCAGCAUCAUUCGUCCAAUCAGAACUGAUUCAGAGGGACGUUUCUUGUCAGCAUCAGUCUCUGCCCACCAACUUUACCGCAGCAAGAGACACGCCCCUUCCACUGAAGACACACCCACAGACUCCCUGGCAGAGCAGGCCCCACCCACCUGGACAUCAUCAUUCAGCCAUUCAUGGAGAGGGAGGAGUCCCAAGGAAGAGGUGGAGCUCUUCUACAACGUGACUGUGUUUGGUCAUGAUCUCCACCUGAGGCUGCAUCUAAACUCCCGCCUCAUCGCCCCCACUGCCACCUUGGAAUGGGAGGAGUCUGGACACCUGCGCUCUAAGCCAAUCAGAGAAGAUGGGUGCUUCUAUACAGGAACCGUGUCAGACAUGGACGACACAUCAGUGGCCAUCAGCAACUGUGACGGGCUGGCAGGGAUGAUCCGGACCAGAGGAGAUGAGUUUUUCAUUGAACCGUUUGAUCAGUGGAGGUCAGGAGAAGAUGAUGAUGAGGAGGAUAGAGGCGAUCAAAGGCACAUCGUUUAUCGCUCCUCAGCCAUCAUGGAGAAACCAUCAGCUGCCAAUCAAACCACAGAGGACUACCUGCGAGGUCCUCUCUUAGGAUCUCUGAACUUGAACCAGACCAUGGUGUCACACAGGUCAGCUCGGCAUCGCCGUGACACCACGGCUGAAAUGUUUCACAUCGAGGUGCUGUUGGCAGUGGAUUAUUCUCUGGUUCUUUUCCACGGCCGAGACCACAUUCUCAAGUAUCUCCUGACCCUGAUGAACAUUGUUAAUGAGAUCUAUCAGGAUCACUCCCUGGGGGCCAACAUUAACAUUAUUGUGGCCAAAAUCAUCAUGCUCUCCGCAACAAAGUCCCAGGAGCUGAUCUCUGUGGGGAAUCCUCAGAAGAGCUUGGAGAACGUUUGUGGAUGGUCAUAUCUUCAGCAGACGGAGCAGAGUCAUGCCGAGCAACAUGACCACACCAUCUAUCUGACCAGGCAGGAGUUUGGCCCCCCAGGCAUGCAGGGUUAUGCUCCAGUUACAGGAAUGUGUCAGUUGCAUCGGAGUUGUGUUCUUGUUCUAGAAGACGGCUUCUCCUCGGCUUUUGUAGCUGCACAUGAGACAGGACAUGUGCUAGGCAUGGAGCAUGAUGGUGAGAUGAAUGACUGUGUUGAUGAUAUCCCACUGGGCAGCAUCAUGUCUCCGAGGGUCCAGGCAACCUUCUAUCGUUACCACUGGUCCAGUUGCAGCUGGAGGGAGCUGCACAGUUACCUGAACACCUAUGAUUGUCUACGUGAUGAUCCCUUCAACCAUGAUUGGCCCACUCAGCCUCAGUUACCGGGCUUUCAGUACUCCAUGGACCAACAGUGUCGCUUCGACUUUGGCCCGGGAUUUAGCCUGUGUACUGCCUACACGACCCCUGACCCCUGCAAACAGCUGUGGUGCAGUGACUACAACAACCCAUUUUUCUGUAAGACCAAAAAAGGCCCGCCACUUGAUGGGACCAAGUGUGGACCAGGGAAGCACUGCUUUAAAGGAUUCUGCAUAAAGUUGACCCCAAACCUCCUGAAGCAACAUGGAAACUGGGGAAGAUGGAGUCCAUUUGGCAGCUGCUCCCGGACCUGUGGAGGUGGGGUGAGGUUUCGGACCAGACAGUGUGAUAACCCACCUCCAGCCAACGGAGGGCGCACCUGCUACGGGAACAGCUAUGAGUUCCAGCUGUGCAGCCAGGAAGACUGUCCUCCCUUGACUGACUUUAGGGAGGAUCAGUGUAAAGCCUGGAAUCCAUUUUUGGAACAUGAAGGAAUGAAACAUCACUGGCUUCCAUAUGAGCAUCCUGACCAGGAUGAGCGCUGUCGUCUCUACUGCCAGUCCAAGGAGACAGGCGCCGUGGUGUCCAUGAAGAGAAUGGUGCAUGAUGGGACGCUGUGUUCCUAUGAUGACGCCUACAGCAUCUGCGUCCGAGGAGAGUGUGAGCAUGUAGGAUGUGACAGUCAGAUUGCUUCAGAUCAGCGGGAGGACCAGUGUGGAGUCUGUGGAGGAGAUGAUUCCAGCUGCAAGAUUGUCAAAGGAAACUUCACCCGAAGCACCAGGAAGCCAGGUUACCUGAAGAUGUUGGAAAUUCCCAAAGGAGCCAGGCGCCUCACGAUCCAGGAGUUUAAGGGGACCCCUCAUGUUCUGGCUGUAAAGAACCAGGAGACGGAUCACCUCUUUCUCAAUGAUGAACAUGAGAUUCCUGAAAGCCGAGUGGUGAUUGAGAAGGGUGUGGUCUGGGAAUACAAUAAGACUGGUGAGCAGGAGUCCCUUCAGACCAAUGGGCCACUGAAGUAUGGAGUCAUACUCAUGGUCCGUUCUCACCUGGAUUCCAAGGUGACAGUGUCUUAUAAGUACAUCAUACAAGAUCAUAUCCGUUCUUCGCUUGAGUCCAACAUGGUUCAGGAAGAAGCCCUUCUCUAUGAGUGGGCUCUGAAGAAAUGGUCUCACUGCUCCAAACCCUGUGGUGGAGGGACGCAGUACACCCGGUUUGGCUGCAGGAGGAAGGCUGACGGGAAAAUGGUUGAGAGAAUAGACUGCUCCGACAUCAAUAAACCCAGACCCAUCAGCCGCAAGUGCAACACCGAAAGCUGCAGAUCUCUACGGUGGGUGAAUGGAGACUGGGAGGCCUGCAGUGCCUCCUGUGGUCUGACUGGGUGGCAGCGGCGUUGGGUGAGCUGCCAGCAGGAAUCCAGCAGUGGGAAACAGCAGCGCUCAGUUAACAGCAAACUCUGCACUGACGACCGGCCAGAAUCCAAACAGCCAUGCAACCGCUUUCCCUGCCCUGCAGCGUGGAGACCCGGGCCUUGGACACCUUGUUCAGUCUCCUGUGGAAAUGGGACUCAGGACCGUCAGGUUGCGUGUUUAAAUCCUGAAGGUUCAGCUGGAAACUGCAGCGAUCCUCAGCCAAUAGCAACGCGGUCUUGUCAGGCCCCGCCCUGCAACGGAGAUCAGAAGAACGCCAUCAUCCUGUGGCUUUCCAGAUCCAACCCAAACUUCCUGGCUCCACAGACAUCUCCCAGGCAGCGUUGCCGUGGUGACCGCUCUGUGUUUUGCCGGAUGGAAACGUUGAGCCGGUACUGCUCCAUCCCCGGAUACAGACAGAUGUGCUGCAAGUCCUGCAACGAGACAAGCGUCAGCAACUAUGAUGGUUUCAGCAACUCCAGCAAUUACAGCAACUUUAGUAACUUCAGCAACUUGAGUCCCACAAACAGUUCCUGGGAGUUGACUGAAACGAUGUCAGGGACCACGUCUACCUCAUGGGUUAGUUAUGUCCCCAAUGAAGUCACCAGCACACGGCCCCCCACCAGCAAGAGCAGCACCGACUUCGUCUACGUGGAGUACAGUGAUUACAACGAGUUUCUGGCGUAUGACAACGCUCCGCCACUCUCUGAGACACCGCCUCCUGUUCCAACUACCACUGCUAUUACCACUACUACAGCCGGUAUCACAGCUGGUACGACAGCCACUGCAACUACUACAAGGUGUCCAAGAAAAACCACUCAGGUGUUUUUAUCAAACAGAAAAUCUCCCCCAGUGCCCUUAGUUACGCUUAAUCCAAACCAAACACCGGCACCACUCAGAACAUCUGAUCUCCCAGAGUUCCCCAUAGCAAUGUCCACUGAACACACCAUCACCACCACACCAUCAGCAGCACCACCUUCAGUACCUGUCUCGAAGAAGGAGAACAACUCUGUGAAUGAGGUUCCGUACCGGAUUGUUGGAGCGGACAGCAACACCACUAGAGAACAGCAGAACGUCUUUGUUCCAAGGAUGCUGCCUUUCCACGAACGGACUCAGAACAAACGCAUUGAGCAACUUCUAAAGGAGAGACGGCUGCAAGACCUCCUCAGACUGCUGAAUCGGACCAGAACGAGACGGAACCUCCUGACAGAGGUCCACCGGACCAGAGUGAGAACUAGGGACAGGAGAGAUUGAACCGGUUUUGUUCUUUCUGCUGUUGAGCUCCUUAAUCUAAGCGCUAAGCCCAAUAAACUGAGUGAGAAAAAAAACUGACAAUAAAUCCUUCAUCUUUAUGUCUACUGAGCUUUAAACCAAAGUUAAUCUGUCAAGCGUGAAAGACCAGAGCCUGGACUGCAGAAAACUUCGGGUCUGUUCGGGUUUUGUAAUUAUGUUGUCUAUACCAAAUAAUCCUGUUUUUAAAUAAAGCAAAGUCUCAUCCAGCUGCUGAUGUCACAUAUAGUGACUCAUGCACAUUUGGAUCAGAUCA